UCUCUCACGCUGCUGUAGGAGAGUCUGUUGAGCUGGUAAGGCAGAGCAGCUCGCGUCCUGUCAUCCACCUGUACUGCGGAUGUUGAUGGAACAGACCUUGCUUUACAUGGAGUAAUUUCCGCAUCAUUGCUGUUUUAUUCUUCCCCCUCUGUCUCUCCAUUGGAUUUGCCUGUUUCUUUAUCUUCUUUCUUCUAUCAUCAGGCAUCUGAAGUUGUGAUGAUGCCUCCGCUCAGCAUUUGGGAUUUGUAAUAGCCUCUUUUGCAAGGGUGAUACAUCAUUCGCCUGUAAUUGAACAACACUGUCUCUUGGAAGUGGAUAAAACAUGGACUAAUUAGAGAGAGAGAGAAAAUACAGUCAUCAUGGGAUUAUUGCAGCUAUUUCUGGUUUUCUGCAUAUGUUGCACCUCCUCAGUUCUAGGUUUUGGGGUUGACCCUGCCCUGCGCAUCAAUGUGUUUGAUGAACUAAUGCUUGGAGAAGGCUUUGAUGGAGUUACUCAGGUCCAGGGCUUCCACAGCGAGUCUAGAGCUUUCCACUUCCAAGGAUCCUCUAGGGAAGUGAAAGCUCCUGCUAAGGUCUCAGAGCAAAUGGUUCAGAAGCUUAAAGGCAAGAAUGAGUUUACUGUUCUGGCAACCCUCAAACAGGAUCAUCUCAACUCUGGUGUCAUCCUCUCCAUCCAUCACUCUGAGCACAGAUUUUUGGAGCUUGAGAGCAGUGGACAGCGCAGUGAAGUGCGUCUUCAUUAUCGCACCAAAAGCCAGCAGGACCACACGGAAGUGUUCCCUUACAGCCUGGCUGACGACCAGUGGCACAAGGUCUCUGUGGCCGUCAGCGCCUCUCAUGUCAUAUUACACGUGGACUGCAACAGGAUCUAUGAGCGGGUCGUGGAAGCCCCCUACAUGGAUAUACCUGAAUACACUUCCUUCUGGCUUGGACAGAGAAAUGCUGCCCAUGGCUUCUUCAAGGGGGUAAUGCAGGACGUGGAGAUCCUGGUGAUGCCACAGGGUUACAUUUCACAGUGCCCAGAUCUGAACAGAACAUGUCCAACCUGCAAUGAUUUCCAUGGACUUGUGCAGAAAAUUAUGGAACUGCAGGAUAUCCUUGCAAAAACAUCAAGCAAGCUGUCCAGGGCAGAGGAGAAGAUGAAUGGGCUGGAUGGCUGCUAUUGUGAGAGAACCUGCAGCGUCAAGGGGGUCGUCUACCGGGAGGAUGAGGGCUGGACAGAUGGCUGCAGGAAUUGCACAUGCACGAAUGGCACAGUACAGUGUGAGGCCAUCUCCUGCCCUCCCCCUCACUGCCCUGCAGGCACAGCGCCUGCGUACAUGAAGGGUGCCUGCUGCAAGGAGUGCCAACCCGUCUGCUUGUUUGGUGGACGAGAAUUGGUGGAAGGAGAUCAGAGUGCUGUGCGCGACUCCUCUGACAGGUGCCUGCUGUUUGAAUGCAGGGACAGGACCAUGCAUCGAGUGGUCCCCAGCGAGCCUUGUCCAGAACUCACCUGCCCAGAGUCGGAGCAGAUCGCUUUGAGCAGCCGAUGCUGUAAAGUCUGCAGAGGUCAUGACUUCUGCUCAGAGGGCCACAGCUGCGUGGAGCACUCUGACUGUGUGAACCUGGAGGCAGGAGACUGCUGUGUUUGUAAGGAUGGUUUCCGUCCAUUGCGAGAUGAUAACGCCUACUGUGAAGAUAUUGAUGAGUGUGCUGAAGGGAAGCACUACUGCAGAGAGAACACCAUGUGUGUUAACACCCCCGGCUCCUUCAUGUGCAUCUGCCACACAGGUUACAUCAGGAUCGACGACUAUUCCUGCACAGAACAUGACGAGUGUCUCAGCGGGCUCCACAAUUGUGACGAGAAUGCCUUGUGUUUUAACAUGGUUGGGGGCCACAGCUGCUCCUGUAAGCCAGGCUACACAGGCAACGGGACAGUCUGCAAAGCAAUGUGUGACGGGCUGUGCCAGAAUGGGGGAACCUGUGUUUCACCUAACAACUGUGUUUGCCAGCAUGGAUUUACAGGGAAUAGGUGCGAAACAGAUAUUGAUGAGUGCUCCGACGGCUUUGUUGAGUGCGAUAGUAAAUCCACAUGUGUCAACUUGCCUGGUUGGUACCACUGUGAGUGCCGUGACGGUUACCACGACAACGGCUUGUUUUCUGCCAAUGGGGAAUCAUGUGUGGAUAUUAAUGAAUGCAAGACAGGAAGGAACACCUGUGCAAACGACACAGUGUGCUUUAACCUGGAGGGAGGCUACGACUGCAGGUGCCCCCACGGACAUAACUGCACCGGUGACUGUAUCCAUGACAACAAGGUCAAGCACAGUGGGCAGAUCUGGGUGCUGGAUAACGAUAGGUGCUCGGUGUGCUCCUGCCAGGCUGGCCAGGUGAUGUGCCGCAGAAUGGUGUGCGACUGUGACAACCCCAACGCCGACCUGUUCUGCUGCCCUGAGUGCGACCCACGACUGAGUAGCCAGUGCCUGCACCAGAAUGGCCUGCUCACCUACGGCAGUGGCGAUACAUGGGUGGAGAACUGCCAGCAGUGCCAGUGCCUGCAGGGGCAGGUGGACUGCUGGCCUUUACCAUGCCCUCCUGUGGACUGCGAGUUCACCGUGGUGCCCGAGGGCGAGUGCUGUCCCCGCUGUGUCACCGACCCCUGCCAGGCUGACACCAUCCGCAAUGACAUCACCAAGACGUGCAUGGACGAACACAACAUCUCACGUUUCAGCGGCUCUUCCUGGAUUAAACACGGCACAGAGUGCACCCUGUGCCAGUGUAAGAAUGGACACAUCUGUUGCUCAGUGGACCCCAUGUGCCUUUAGUCCUGGCAGAUCUGAAGGCACCUGUACAGUGUUCUCCAUGUAAAAAAGUAACAACACCCCUGUGUCACCUCACAGUCCUCUUCACAAUGGGCCUGGGUCAAAUAGUGUUUGCACUGUCAGGCUGGUGUUUGACCUGCUAACCGGAUGAAUGGAGGAUACUAUCCAGGGCACACUGUCAAACAGUCCAGCUUUAACCUUCAGGUACUCUCUCCUCUGAAUAUCUGCAGUUUAAAGUUCUUAUUACAUGACCCCAUACAGUAAACUCCCUCUGUCUGGUACUUUGUGCUCAUUAUAUAUUAAAAGUAACUUGCAAACAGUCUGUGGCUCAUGCCUGCUUCCUCAAUUCCUUUAUACCAAAUGCCAACCUGUAUCAUACAAACCAAACAGAUGAUGGACUACAGCUCCCUCAAACCCACUCUCUUUGUUCUGUCUCACCACGUAGAGUGAACCUUUAAGGAUCACAGUUCCCCACUCCGAAUCAUUGCUACAUGAAACUGUAAGAUAUUACUAUUACUGGCAUGACUGUGCUUGAUGUCCAAACUUUUUUGCUGAUUUCUAAAUUCUCAGUGAUGAUGAUGAUGAUGAUGAUGAUGAUGAUGAUGAUGAUGAUGAUGAUACCUUAGAUAGAAUAAAGGCAGAUAGCUUAAGUUUCUGUUGCCACAUUUACAAGUCGUCUAUAUUAUGUGGUGCUUUGUAGCAUUUUGUUUGACUUCUACAUUUUGUAAUUUUGAUCUCCAAGCUUGUUAUUGUGCUUUAGUGAAAUAAAGUAUUUCCAUUUACAUUUA